GCUGUCACCCUCUCUCCCCCUCACUGACACACAAUACCACACACACACACACACACACACACACACCGAGCAGCUCGAGCCCCAUUGGAGACGCUGCAGACGCUCAGCUCGCUCCACCGACAACACCAAGUCACGUUCUGUUCUUCUCUGGCGGAACCGGAGAGCAAAAGACAUUUAGGAUUCUAUCUGUCGCGUGUGAUAUGUGGAGCUGAGCGACCGGUCGUGACGGAGGACGCGAGGGGAAAUAUAAAAAAAAGAGCGAAAGGGAGAAAAGAAAAGGUGGUGUCCUCCCAUCAGAAACACACCGAGACCAGCUUGACAGCACAGGACGGAAGGAGGGAGGGAGAGAGAGAGAGAGAGAGAGCGAGCGAGAGAGUCGACCAUCUGUGAAUCACAUCAAGGCAGCUGUGGUUAGAGUGGACUGCAGUUAUUUUACGAACGAGAGGCAGAGAGGGGGACAGAAGUGGAGAGAAGGAGAGGGGGAUAGAAGGGAGAAGAGGAGAGAGAAGGACAAAAGGAGAGGGGGCCUGGGUGAGUUUCCAAGCCCAGGACGGUGAACCCUGAUCGGGGGGGUCUUUCAGGCAACAAUGGGGUUAGACCAGGCCCCUGGAGUUCCUUUGGAGAGAUGAGGACCUCUGAGAAGACAGUGUUUAGACACAGGUGAAAAUCAAAUCAAUAUUGACUCUAAUGGAUUCUGUGAUUACAGCAUGGAUUGACCUUUUCUUCUCAUCUGAAGGGAUAUUUUCGUUUUUUAUGUGGAAGUUUUUCUGUGUGGAAAUGUGUCUAUUUUUUCUAAAUUCAUUUGGAGUUUCAAAUCUUUCUAGUGUGGAUUUUAAGGAGGCUGUUUGGUUGACUCUGUGGAUCUGAAACUCAUCUCUCCCCACUCAUCUGAAGGGAUUUAAACAAUAACUAUUUUGGCCUUGUAUUUUUUUCACAUAUCAUUUUUUGCUGGAGUUUUGUGUUUUUUUCAUGCAGUAAUUGAGACUGCUUUGUAACCUUGGUAACCAAGCGGUAACCAGGCGUCAACUGAGCGGUAACCAUGGCAGCAGCCUAUCGCGUGGUAGUGAGCAGUGUUAGUUGCUACAGCAGCGUGGUGGUGGACCGUCGGGCUCAGAAUCACGCGGUGCACUACUGCUCCGGGUCAUGUGGGGCGCUGUCCCAGGGACUGGACUGUACUGUGGUCCAUCGCAGCACCUGCUCCGAGCUGCUGACCGCCCCCUCACACACACACGCUCACACACACCCUGACCCCUCACACACAUUCACACACAACCUGACCCGAAACGCUAACGCUAACUCUCCUCACCAAACCCCCAACAGCUGUAAAGUUAGUAGCACCAGCUGUAACGGGAGUUGUGGUGUUCCUAAUGAUCCUAACGGUGUGUAUGGUGUGGUGGGUGAGGACAGUCCUCCAUGGCGAGGUAAGAAGGCCAACACCACCACCACUACUACCAGCUCUGGUCCUGACCGGCCUCUCCAGAGCUCUGCCAGUCUGAAGGACAUCACAGGAGAAGCCAUCAACCUGGCCAGUGGCAAACUCAAAGAGUUCUCCUUCGAGAAGCUCCGCCUCUCCACCAGUCACGUGACCUUCAGGAAAGGUCGCAAGGUCAGGCCGGACUCCUACAGCCGUCGGUCCACGGACCUCGACAUCGUCUACGGACACUUCACCGGGAACGUCGGAGGAACGGGGAAUGGGACUAUUACCGGAAAUGGAAACGCCAAUGAUGAGAACCUGCCGCCUUUCAGCGACACCAUCAAGGUGCUCAAAGGCCUAUCGCCUGCUAGCAUCACCGCCGGGGGUGGGUCUCUAUCCACAACCAGCCUAUCCAGUGUCUCCAGGGCCGGGGGUGGGUCCACCAGUAGCCUAUCCAGCGCCUGCUCUGGUUCCUUGGAGGCGGGGCUAAACACAGUGGCGUCUCUCUACCUCAGCUCAUUAGCUGACGAGUCCCUCAUUGCCCGGUUACUGGAGAAGACCCGCGCGGGGGAGGAGGGAGGAGUGGGAGGAGCAGGGGGGGAAGACAUACGGGCCUGUCUGGACAUUCUGGUCAAGUGUUCUGAGGACUUGAAGAAAUGUACGGACAUCAUCAAGCAGUGUAUCAGUCGGAAGAGUCCCGGGGGAGGAGAAGAUGGAGGAGCCAGUCCUGAGAGCAUCUACAGAGCUGUGAUGACCAGGCUGAGCUCCUAUCUGAGGAAACUGCCUCUAGAGCUGGAGGGGGCUGGGUUAGGGUUAGGGUCAGGGGCUGGAGGUCAAGGGUCAGGGAUUGGAGGUCAUAGCGAGUUGGCCGAGCUGGUUAGUAGUCUCCAUAUGCUGCAGCAAGCUGCUGUCCCCUUCUCACCCAUAUUUGGGAAUGAUCAACCGCCACGGUAUGAAGACAUUGUUCAGAACCCUCCCUUACCCAGGAGCAGGGAUGUACUGCCACCCUCAUCACUCGCUCCAGACUCUUCUCUCCCUUUGUCCACUACGCCUGAGACAGCAGGGAGACAUAAGGUUCAGACCAACGGGCUGCAGCACACACACACUCCGUCACACACACACUCUCCCUCACCGCAUACACACACGUUGUCCGUUUCUACCCCUCCAUCCCAGGCACACACACCUUCAUCGCAAACGCACACUCCGUCAGCGCGCACACACACUCCGUCCAUCUCCCCCAUGGAGGCUCUCUUUAUUGAGGAGGAUGCAGACCUGGGAAGGGGGCUGAACAGGGCUUCCAGACACACACACUCACACACACCGACCAGAGGCCUCACACACACUCACAGUCGGAACGGGACCGCUUUUAGUCCACACACACCCCCCAGCUCCGCGCACACACACCUCAGCCCCAAUCUGUCACACGUACACGUUACACACUCACUCCAGUCUGCCGGUGAAGACCUCACCUGCACCCCAACCUCCAAACACACCCCUCCUAUUACUCAUAGAGACGACGAUAUCGACAGACUUCUGAUGGACUUGGAGUGUCUGUCGCAGAGCAUGGGUCGGGAGAGAGACAGAAUCAGAGAGGGAGAGAGAGAACGAGGGACGGAGCCCCCUCUCCCCGCUAAGACCAGACAGAGGGGGACAGGACAGGGGAACCCCUCCCCACAAACCCAAAUCAACCCCCAGGCUCAAAGGCCUGUUCCUGUUAGCCACCUAACCGCUAACGCCCAGGCCACUAGGUCGACCCCCAGCUCGCCUGCUCCUCUCCCCCAGGCAGAGGGCAGCGUGGUGGGGCUGGGAGAUGAGGAGGACAGGGCCCUGCUGCUGAGGAUCCUGGAGAGCAUUGAGAGCUUUGCCCAGGAGCUGGUGGACUCUGGGGGUAGUCCUGGGAACACUGGGAAGACUGGGGCUCAGAGCAAAGAGAAGGAGGUGAUGAGACUCCUACAGGACACUCUGACGCAGGCCAAACUACCUGGAUCUCCACCAGCUGGUCAAGGUGACUAUGGACCUGUAUCCAUGCCUGUACAUGUGUCUGCCUCCACACCAACACCUGCACCCAGACCUACAUCUGGUGCUGUAUCCACACCUGCACCCAGACCAACAUCUGGUGCUGUAUCCACACCUGCACCUAGACCUACAUCUGGUGCUGUAUCCACACCUGCACCCAGACCAACAUCUGGUGCUGUAUCCACACCUGCACCCAGACCAACAUCUGGUGCUGUAUCCACACCUGCACCCAGACCAACAUCUGGUGCUGUAUCCACACCUGUCCCUGUCCCUGUCCCUGUCCCUGUCCAUAUCCCCACAACCCUAGCAGAGUCUGUCGCUACAGACCAAGCUACACCUUCUGCCCUACCCACACCUGUUCCAGCACCUACAGUCGUACCUACACCUGUUCCACCACCUACAGUCGUACCUACACCUUCAGAAGCGUCUACAGUUGGACUGUUAGAGGCCUCUACAUGUGAACAUCCACCUGUAGCUGACCUGACAGCCGUACUUACCACCAAGGCCACCCUUCCACCGGCUGUAACACCUGUCCCCUCCCCUGUCUCGCCCCCUACACCCACACCUGGAGAGGCACCUGUUGCAACCAUCGCUGCUCCUCCUGUUGCUGUGAGACACCCGGUUGCCCCUAGCGAUGUGGUUGCCCUGAGAGACAUCGGCUCGACGCUGCUCAUCCAGCAGACGCCCGAGGUGAUCAGAGUCCAGUCCAACAAGCAAGAUAAGAAAUCUGGCACCCCUCCUCCAGCCCCUCUCUCCCCCACCCCCUACGUUCCUCCACCCCACCGCUCCCCCUCUCCUCCCCCCACUCCAGUCGUCCUCACCCCUCCUCCUCCACCUCCCCCUCCUCCCCCUCCUCCCCCUGCCCUCAACAUUCCCCGCUUCUACUACCCUCGAGGGUUACCGGGGGCAACAAAAGUUAACCACGAUGCGGCCAUCACUGCCAUAGAAACAGCCUUCACAGAGUUUGAGGAGGAGAAGGCUGAUAUUUACGAGAUGGGCAAGAUCGCUAAGGCAUGCGGCUGUCCUCUGUACUGGAAGGCAGCCAUGUUUAACGGAGCGGGAGGAGAGAGGACCGGCUUUGUCUCUGUUCACUCCUUCAUUGCUACCUGGAGAAAGUUGUUAUAUAGUUGCUAUGACGAUUCGUCUAAGUUUAUCUACCUCCUAGCGAAGCCUGGCUGUACCUACCUGGACCAGGAGGACUUCAUACCUUUAUUACAGGACAUAGUGGACACCCACCCAGGACUGACGUUCUUGAAGGAUGCCCCAGAAUUCCAUUCCCGUUACAUCACCACCGUGAUUCAGCGGAUAUUCUAUGUGGUCAACCGCUCAUGGACGGGUCGCAUCACCAUGACGGAACUACGCAGGAGCAACUUCCUGCAGACCCUGGCACUGUUGGAAGAGGAGGAUGAUAUCAACCAGAUAACAGAUUAUUUCUCUUAUGAGCAUUUCUAUGUGAUCUACUGUAAGUUCUGGGAGUUGGACACGGACCACGACCUUUACAUUGACCCUAAGGACCUGGCUCGUUACAACGACCACGCCUCCUCAAGCAGAAUCAUUGAGAGGUUGUUCUCAGGAGCCGUUACUCGGGGUAGCUCAGUGCAGAGAGAAGGGAGGAUGAGUUAUGCAGAGUUCAGCUGGUUCCUCAUCUCAGAGGAAGACAAGAAAAACCCUACCAGUAUAGAGUACUGGUUCAGGUGUAUGGACACAGACGGUGACGGUGUGUUGUCUAUGUUUGAGUUGGAGUACUUCUAUGAGGAGCAGUGUAGUAGGAUGGAGGGGAUGGGCAUUGAACCCCUACCCUUCACAGACCUGCUCUGUCAGAUGUUAGACCUUGUCAAACCUGAAAGCCAAGGUAAGAUAACCCUGUCUGAUCUGAAGAGGUGUAGGAUGGCUCAUAUAUUCUUCGACACGUUCUUUAACCUGGAGAAAUACCUGGACCACGAGCAGAGAGACCCCUUCGCUUUGCAGAAGGACAUAGACAACGAUUGUCCAGAGCCUUCAGACUGGGAUAAAUACGCUUCAGAGGAGUAUGAGAUCCUGGUGGCGGAGGAGACGGCUAACGAACAGCUGCAGGAGGGGACGUUUGACGAUGACUAUGAGGAGGCGGAGCUUCCUGUUCAAGGAGAGAUGGUUGCGAAUAAGAUGGAUAAGCUGCUCAUAUCAGAUCUGUCAGCAUGAAAUUCCCAAAGCCUGGAAUACCGCUCCCUUCUCCUUGGAUAUACAGGAGACCGGGGAGAGAAGAAGAGGGAGGGACGGGGAGAAAUUGGUAAAAAGCUAAAGCGAUGGAGGACUCCAAACUCUCUCACCUUCUCCUUUCAUACACAGACAGGGACAGAAGAGAUGGUGAAAGAUGGAGAAAAGACAGAGGGAUGGACUGAAAAAGAGAGAGGAUGGACAGAACGAGAGAGCACUCUGGCAGCUGUCCUCUCAGCCCUCUGUCGGAAAAAACAUGUUUUCCACUCUUUUAUCUUCAUUGGAGUUUGUGUGUGUGUUUGUGUGUGUGUGUGUGUGUGUUUGUGUGUGUUUGUGUCAUCCCAAAGACUGUGUUUGGUGCAAUAAUGUGUCUUAACAUGUUUAACAUGUAGAAGUAAGAAAGCACAAAUCCUGAUAUGGAUAUACUUCCUGUAUUAUGUGUAUAAUAACUGCCAUAUAUUAAUUUUUCACUGACAUUUUACAUUUACAUUUUAGUCAUUUAGCAGACGCUCUUAUCCAGAGCGACUUACAGUAGUGAAUGCAUACAUUUCAUACAUUUUUUAUUUAUUUUUUCUGUGCUGGCCCCCCGUGGGAAUCGAACCCACAACCCUGGUGUUGCAAACACCAUGCUCUACCAACUGAGCUACAGGGAAGGCCCAACUACUAGACAAUCAACUACUAGACAAUCAACUAAUCAAUCAAGUUGUUUUCAAAUGUGUCAAUAACACACACACACACACACACACACACACACACACACACACACACACACACACACACACACUGUACAUACACACAGCUCUGUGCAUAACACUGCCAUCUUGUGGCCACUAGUUAUACUGCUGGCUGCUCUUAGAGACUAGUGACGUUUGGAAAAGGUUGUUGGAACGUUGCUGUCUCCUUCCACAUUUAUAAACCUCAUUUUCAGUGUUCUAUUUCAGAAUGUUACUGUUAAGUAGUUUGAUAAGGCAGGCCAUUGUGUGUUUGAUUAGUUUAGAAUUAGUCGAAUGUUUAAUUCUAUUUAAGAUAAAAUGCAUGUGCUGUAUAUUCCGUCCGUAUACUUUUGAAAGAGUUCUCUCAUGGCAGAGGCUGCGUCAGAAAUCAACCACAGUGUACAUAGACUUAGCUGUAACGAACUAACAAUGAACUAACUAUCUCUCUGGUAGAGAUAUUACUGUAAAAACCAAAAUGGACAUAUGCAGAAGUGACACGCGCACUUGCUAGCCACAAGGCGCGCUGUCGACACGUGGAACAGAACAGUAAAGCUAACAGGCGUUUUAAUGUGUCACCAAAGGUGAUGUUCAAAUAGCAUGACGUUAAAGAUGAAAACCGUGGGUCUAACCAACAGCCAUCCUGUCAUUAUCAUAUUCCUGCAUCAAGUAUUCUUUAUUUUGUCACUGGUGAAUGUUGGUGGUGUUUUAAAGCUGUGCGUGCGUGUGCGUGUUUCUUUAAUAGCAACAAUCUGUCCCUAUAUAUCCAUUGUAAAUGUGUAUUUAACUCUACAUAGUCUAGCCAUUGUGUAAAGGUGGUGUGACUGAUGCUUUGUGUUGCUGUGUCACUGUGUGGCUCCACGGGGUUCAGUUAUGUGGCGUGUGACCCAAAUGCGCAGGGAUGAUUGGUCGGAGGUCAUAGAGGGACACGCCCACCAGACAAUCGACUCUCAAUCAAUUUGUCAAUCACCCAUCAAUCAGUUUGAUAAUCUGAUUGGGUAAUAAGGAGCAUCUUGCUGUGACUGGAUUGGACACACUGGUAGCUCCUCCCUUUAGAGAGACUCAUGCUGCUGUAGAGACACACACACACACACACACACACACACACACACACACACACACACACACACACACGUUUAUAAGACACUGUUGUGUCUGGCUCUAUGCAAACAAUCUGCUUUUUUGCUCACUGCCUGGGAACACACACACAUCUGCUCUGUACUUGGUGCACGGGGCAGGGUGAGAAGCCAUGAUGGAACUGCCUCUGACCAGAGACACUUCUGCCACAAUGAGGACUUUUACUUUGAAAUGUAUGUCUGUUUUAAACAACUUUUACUUUGAUAUUUUUUUUUGUUUUAUCUGAUGUUUUACUUCCAGGUUGAUAAGGCUUCAGUAGAUGUUCUUGUGUUCGCAUGGCUUCCUUCUUUCUAUCUUUCCUUGUUUCUUUCCUCUGUUUUCUGUUAAAACUGAAUUCAAAUAAAGAUGAUUUAAGGUU